AUGGGAAAUGGUUGGCAUUCUUUCUUCCUAAAGGCACGGAGAGGGAGGGGAAGAGAGAGAGAGAGAGACGUACACACAGAGAGACACACACACGCAUCCCAUAAGAGGGAGAGAGGGCAGAGAGAGCCCCCAAGCAGCCCGGUGCCUCUGAGCUGGGAUCUCCAGGGCAGAGCCAGCAUGCUGCUCCUCAGCCUGCUUGUCCAGGGAUCUUACCUGCUGCUUUUCUCCUGCUUUGCUUUGUCUCAGACCGCCUACGCUGACAAUGUCUUCUCACUUUCAGCAGAUCUCCCUUGCCUGGAGCAGAAGAAGCAGCUCAGCUGCAGAGCAUGCUGCCUCCUCGGCCCUCCUCCACCGCCCCUGUUCCCACCACCGUACUUCAGGCACAGCUGGAGCACUGUAAGUGUGAAGCUGGACAUGGAAGAGUUGUGCCGUGAGCUCCAGAUAAUACAGGCUUCCUCUCUGCCUGAAUCACACUGUUCUGCAGGGCCUCCUGGCCCCCAGGGUCCACAAGGAAUUCCUGGUAUAAUGGGACCAAAAGGGGAGAAAGGGGAGAUUGGCAGGCCUGGAAGAAAGGGCAGACCAGGUCCCCCGGGUGUCCCUGGGAUGCCAGGACCCAUAGGAUGGCCUGGACCUGUGGGACCCAAGGGUGAAAAGGGAGAGUUGGGUGUGAUGGGAUUGCCAGGUACAAGAGGACCAAUGGGCUCCAAGGGUUUUCCUGGAACUAGAGGAGAAAAGGGAUCCAGAGGCGACAGAGGCGACAAGGGAGUCAAAGGAGACCCGGGAGAAAUAGGCUUCCCUGGAAUGCUGGGACAAAAAGGAGAGAUGGGCCCCAAGGGACAGUCUGGAGUGCCAGGACACAGAGGACCCAUAGGAAGACCUGGAAAACGAGGCAAACAGGGACUCAAGGGAGACAUUGGACCUGCAGGUGUCAUGGGCCCCCCUGGCAGACCCGGUCCUGUUGGCCAGCCUGGCCCCCCUGGACCCUCAGGAUUAGGGCAGUUUGCAAUAGGACCAAAGGGAGAAAGAGGACUUCCAGGGCCUCCAGGGAGAUGUCUCUGCAGAACCCCACAGCAUAUGAGUAACCCAUCAUAUGAGGAAUCUGUGUUUGGACAAGGCUACCCAAAAGUUCCUGCAAUUUUUGUGGUGAAUAAUCAAGAAGAAUUGGACCGGUUAAACACUGAAAAUGCAUUAGCUUUUAGAAGAGAUCAGAGAUCUUUGUAUUUCAAGGAUACCUUUGGAUGGCUCCCAGUCCAGCUCAGCCCUCUGUAUCCCAUGGAUUACCGCCUGGAGGAUGGGGGCACCUGCGGAGACGGGAUCGUGCAGGAUGGGGAGGAGUGCGACGACGGCAACACAGUGGUGACUGAUGACUGCAUCAGGUGCCGCCGUGCCUACUGCGGAGAUGGCUACAAGCACGAGGGGGUUGAAGACUGUGAUGGGAUGGAUUUUGGAUAUUUGACAUGUAGAACAUACCUUCCUGGGUCUUACGGAAAACUGCGAUGCACUUCUUACUGCUACAUUGACUCCACACAGUGUCGGUACUUCACAUGAGGGGAGCGGAGGCGGGGAGCAUCCCACGUGGAGCGGGUGCUAGGUGCUACACUACCACCUAUCCGAGAAGGACUGGGACAGAAAAACACCCCACCCACCUCUGGGAA